GUCAAAGUUAAGCGGCCAGGCUUCUCUAACACCGAAUCACCGCCCGCAAGAACAUGAGGCUGCUGUCCACAAACACUCUUGAGGUGGUGUUAAUCAACGAAGAUGGAGUGCCACCAUAUGCAAUUCUGUCCCAUACUUGGGAUAAAGACGAGGUCACGUUACAGGAAAUGCAGGGCAUCAGGGUCAAGUUGCUAUCCUUCUUGAGCCGAAACAACCUUCUGAAGGCACGCCAAGGGCUUCAAAAGGUCCUUGACGCAGCGAAACUGGCUGCAUCCGAUGGGUACGACUGGAUUUGGAUUGACACCUGCUGCAUUGACAAAACCAGCAGCACAGAGCUUUCGGAAGCCAUCAACUCCAUGUACAGAUGGUAUCAGAACUCAGAGAUCUGCUAUGUCUACUUGGCAGACGCAACACCGGAAUCACGAGGGAGUAUCAAAACACGAUACAGAAAGAAUAUCCAGCACAGUCGCUGGAUUACUCGAGGCUGGACUCUGCAAGAGCUCAUAGCUCCUCGGGAGGUAUCUUUCUACUUAAGGGACUGGUCAUUCAUGGGCAAAAAGGGUGACGAACACAUUAUGCGACAUUUGGUCAAAGCAACUGGUAUCGACAUCGGUGUUCUCUCCGGCGAUAUAGCCAUGCACGAAGUGAGCGUGGCCAACCGAAUGAGAUGGGCUUCGAGGAGAGAAACGAAGCGCCAGGAGGACAUGGCCUACUGUCUUAUGGGGCUGUUCGACGUGAAUAUGCCACUCUUGUACGGAGAAGGCGGCAUUCGUUCUUUCAUUCGGCUUCAGAACGAGAUCAUUCGAGUCACUGAUGACCAGACUAUAUUCGCCUGGUGUGCCAUGACUGGGGGAAUAGACCCUGGGCGACCAUCGGGUCUGCUAGCCGAUUCUCCCACGUACUUUGAACAUGUGCCGAGCAUGAAUCCUAUAUCUGGUCGGACCCAGCCAGAAAGUAGCAUCCCAUGGAGUACGACAAAUCGAGGACUCAUGGUCCAGCUUUAUCUUCGACCCUCGGCCCAGAAACACUCCAGCAGUGCGAAAGAGGACUCUGCAGAAGAGUUCUUGGCAAUUCUUGACUGCUCCGUCGAUAUAGACAUGUGGGACGGAUACGGCCGAGAGCACCUUCAAGACUGCAGCCCAGCGAUAUUGCUUCGGCGAGUCUGGGGGGACCAGUACGCAAGGGUGCGCGCAUAUGACGCCCUAACGUUUGUGGGUAUGGAUGACCGGGGAGGAGGCGAGGUAAAAACAAUAUUUGUGAAGCAAGAGCAAUCCCGCAUUCUCCCUAGCUUCAUUAUCCCAAAGGCACUACUCAAAGGUGCUUCAGAAAGCUUCACCAUGUCAGAAGUCUACCCUCGAGCUCUAUGGGACCCGAAGUCCGGAAUCCUUCGAUCCAGACUUUCUCAACAGCGGGGUAUUCAAGGAAUUUUCAGAUUCUCCUAUCCACCUGGCAAAGGGAUCUCUGGUUGGCUCUUUGACGUGGCUGUUGCCCUUCAACCAAACUUACUGGUUGAUGGUCAGUUCAAGGCUGUUGGUAUUAUCAGGCCCCUAGAGGGCAGGACAGUACGCGAGGCUUACGACCACAUAAACAGAACCUGGGUUCUGGCACCUCGAGGUGGAAAAGCUGACCUUGUAGACGAAUACCGGGAUAGAAUGAUUGCUCAUUUUCAUUUUCGGGAAAUGCAAAUGCUCGGCGGCGUCUCAUACGUUCUUGACCUGGUUCACAGGGUAGAACUCAAGAACACAGUCUCCCAAUCAUUUACCAACGACGCACCGUCGGCCUAUAUCUGCGCUGGAACUCAGCUGAAAUCUUUAUUCCAGCCAGUUUGCGUCUCAGAGACUUUGCAGCCGGGUCGAUUAAUCUCGUUGGCCAAAAAGGUCAGGGUACGCUCGCGUGAUAGGACUUUUCUGGAAGCCAACGCUUCAAAGCGCGCGUCCGAUACAUCGACGGAGAAGAGUUCGCCAGGAGCUGGAGGCUUUGAUCGAAUGCCAGAGAAAAGUGGAUGCUGCAAUCUCAUUCGUCAGGAGGUCCAAUGUGACAGGCCCGAUGAGGACACACUGAGCUCCAUGCUUGACCAAAUCGCGACCACAGUCACGGACGGGGAUGGCAUGAGUGCGGAGCAAGCAAAGGAUCCGGAUGGUAUACUCAAGCAGGUCCAUUUUGGAAUAUCGCAGGACCGACUUCUUCACUUUGCGGCUUUCCAGAGCGAUUCUCGGGCUGUCUCGGGGCUGAUUGACCAAUGCCUUCAAGGCGACCCCGUUCCCAUUACAGGAACGCAUAUCGCAUCGAUACUGCGCAACGCACUGGAUUUUCGCGAAUUCCUCUCAAAUCCAACAAGAGACAUCGAAUUCACCCCAAACGUGAUGUCAAGUCUCAGAGCACCACUAGGAUCAGUGAGAGGAACCGGAGACACGGCCAUCCACUUGGCCGCAACCUACAGCACUAGAGAAGAAUUCGACCGCGUCAUAAGGACCAUGUUCCAGAUCUCAGAAGGCCCAGAACCGUGGGAGGACUUCGACAUCAAGCACGAGUGGAGUUAUCUCUUCCGGCUGCAGAAUGGCAACGGGGAGACGGUGCUCCACAGGGCCGCCGCGAUGGCCAACCUUGAAGUUGUCUGUUAUAUCUGUGAGCAUGCCCCCGAUGUGGCGUGCCAGAUCGAUUCAACGAACCGGUCAACAUUAUGGCACGCGGCAUGUGGCGGCGACGACAGGAUUAUUUCUGUCGUAGCCACGGCCCUCAAGUCCUUGGCGUGGGCACCCCCGGUUGAUUAUCCGGACGACAAUGGGCUGACACCGCUUCACGUGGCAUGCCGAGAGGGAUAUGUGGGAUGUAUGAGGGCGCUUCUGGAUCUUGGGGCUAGCCUUCGCUGCGCAACGCCGUUCGCUGCGCUGACACCCGUCCAUUAUGCGUCACUCUUUGGGCACUCUGGAUGUCUUGAGGUAAUGUCUCACCAUGAUCAAGGCCGUGAAAUCAAACAUCUCCUCUGGGGCACACAAAAAGGGGAACUGAUCCAGCCAAUACACCUGGCUGCUGCCAACGGAUGGGCGGACUGUGUCAAGAUUCUCGCUCGACACGGGAGUUGGUUCCCUCUCGCAUCGUUCAUGUGUACUGUUCGGGAAUCCCCCUCCCAAUCUAUGUCCAUGUCGAUCAAUGGCGCAGACUUGGACGCAGCUGAGGACGGGGAAGUACAAGUGCAAAAAAUUCCAACAUCUACGCCACAAGAGGUCGCUGCUAAAAGAGGCUGGGAUGAAGUAGUUGAAUUUCUGAAGGCUGAGAACGCAAAGUGGGAUGUGCGCAGGUCUGAAUUUGGGCCAUGGUCUAAGGGUGGAAUAUCUCUCUCAACUCUGGAAAGUAGCGACAGCGAAUCACCGGUUGAUUGAUUGACUUCUGAAGCAGGUACGUAGCAACAUUAUGGGAAAUUGGGACUCGAUCCAAAAGUAUAUUAGGCAGGGAAAUGCGUCUGCGUGUUGGGAAUGAAGCAUUAGACAGAUUGGUUCUUGAUGUAAACGUCUGAAGCCAUCCACAGCGCCUUCAUACAGUGGUAAACGCACAGAGACCCAGCGU